CGUAUUUGUGUCCUUGCAGAUUUAUGGGUGUUAAGCUGCUUUUUGGAUUGUACUCCGAAACAAGACCGGUGCCAUUACCACUGCCCGUGUGGUAAACUCUUUCGGAGAAAGUUCACAUUUGUCCGACACACGACCACGGUUUGCCCUUUUGUUCUGACAACAAACCAGACAGCUUCUGAGGAAAGAACUUCAGCAGAGUCCCCUAACAUCCAAAAAGUGAAGAGAGAGCAAGUUCCGAAAGAGACAUGUUUUGUCUGCAAUGCAAUGAUCUCUAAGAAAAACAUUAAAAGACAUAUUGAGACACACAAUGCACGGGAUGAAGUGAAAACCAAGUCAUACCAACGUGGAAUAUGCGUUGAUAAACACCGCGGUCUCUACAUGAUCAGCAAGUCCAGUAUCGCUCCAGAUUACCCACUUCAUGUACAAAUGAACACUGUCACACAGCAGAUACAAUGUGAACAUGAAAAUUGCAAUUUAGCUUUGGGUGUUGCAGCAAGGGGCAAUGUAGGUAUUUAUCAGUGCCCCCAUUUGCAAUCAGUUAUGUUUGCAAGUGAAUGCCCGAAAUAAGUACACCUCCAGUCAGAACAUGCUGAAAAUCUUUGUCAACAGAAGGUAAUACAUUCUACUAACAUGCAGGUUGCCCAGAAGCUUGUAGGCACUGCAGAACAAAGCAAAAUACCUGUCGUCGUUUUAUGGGAGCAGAAGCACUCUGUAAACAGCGUUUAUUUCUCCGUGUAUGAUGGAACGAAGGAAUACUGGGCUAAACUCGGUCGCGCUGUAGUCACAUUCUUCAAGGACAAAGGACAGCUGAAUUGCGUUUGCUGUAAAACCACCAAAUCUUGCGUACACAAGACUCUUGUCAAAUGGUAUUUGGCACAGGAACACCCAGAGUUGCUGCACAUUAGCUCCAAGGGAAGCGGUUACAUCUGUAGUGAGAAUGAAGGGGUAUCAGUUGGACAUUAUCGUAGCGAGGAACCAACAACAUCGGUCACCUUUGAAACCCGAACCUUACAAGAUUCCGGAAGCAGCUUCUGUAAGACAUACCCACCAUCCGGACAAGGUGCACGUUUAAUGGCCAAUUAUCUAAUGUCCAGGAAGAAAAUACCACCAGAUUUUAAAGUUCCGGAAAAUGCCCAAUUAGGACAUCUAGAAAACCUGUCGCCUAUCGAAACACAUUGUGUAAUGUGUGCAGAUGGAGGAGAACUUGACCAGUACCUGGUAACCAGAAAGGGGAAGAUAUACGAUAAAGGUCAUGUGUAUACAGAUAUAGCUGUUUUCAUAAAGAAGUGCAAAGCGUGCGGUCACUUCUACAGGUACCAAGAGCACAGGGAUGGUAUACACAAUUUUGACGACCACGUGUUCCUGUCAGUUCGCCUGUGCCACUGGUUCAGAGUUAACUUGAAGAAUCAUACAGCCGUAGGAAGGGCUGCCGACAUCUUAUCAGAAGAUUCCGGCUUACAUUUUCCCGGAGACAAAAUGUUACAGGGAUAUCUGCACUUUGAGGCAAUGUGCGAUCACAAGUACAACUUUACCUGUGACAUCUGUGGCCGUUUUCCAUGUUGCCUGGUGACAGAUGCAAAUAGGAAAUGUGCAUUUCCAUUAGCAUUGUCACAAGUACCAGGGACAGAAACAGCUACAGAUGGAAUCAACAUGGAUGUGUUUUGGAGCCAAACGGUGGAGGCGUCUAUUUUACUUCGAGGUUUUGGAAAAGAAGCAGCCAACGUCGGGCGUGUUACACCUAGUUAUGACAACUGGGCUCCUUUCAUUGGAUUAGCCAGAAAAGAUGAAAAUGCUUUCAACACUGAAGCUGAAAAAGUACGAUCUCUCAGAACCCAUCUUCAAGAUACAGAUUUUGAUACAGGGGAUAAGGAACUGACUGAAGAUUUCCUGAUCCAAAUGUUAUGUGAAAAGAAGGUUCUGGAUGUACGGCACUGGUGUACAAAGAUGGAAGUAGACGCCAAAGGGACCAAAUUAGAGAUGAUCAACAGCUUGAAGGAAAAGUUGAAAAGCAAAUCAACCUUCAACAAGUUAUUUUCAAGCAUAUGGGGCCAUUCUGGUGGAUGGGUAUCAGCGUCCUGCCCCCAUAGAAUAGUGUACGCGUUCAAAGCUAUUCUGAGGCCUGAAAGUGUCAGAGACCAUGUCGACAUAAUUCUAUCUAUGUCAAGACAACCGCCAGUCAUCAUUAGUGACGUAGCCCCAAUGAUGUCACGCCAUGGUAACAAGCGGCGGAAGAACAUGUUCUCGCCCAACGAAGGACGCUUGGGUGAAGCGACUGCAGACAACAUAAAAAAAGCUAAGGAGGGGGUAUUUUCAAAGAGUAUACCUUGCAUGAAGGAAUGGGUGACAGUAGCACCAGUCUCCGACAAUGAUUUGCCAACCUCAAAUGAAACGUUCUGUUUGCUGGAUAGGUUUCAUGAAGGGAAUACAAAAUCAGAUGAGGAACUCCUAAGGCGUAUAACGUUUGUUCCCGAAAUGAAGGGCUCAAUAAAUUCACAAGUUGAAGAGCAGCUGCACAGGGAAAUGAACCGGAACAACUACUUUCUAGAUUCGAUGUCGCCGGGUAACUACAUGUUUGUCCUGCGAUUGCUUCUACAUUUUCACAAUGAACAUACAAACAGGAAAAUGACAGAAGCAAUCAAAGGAAAACUGAACACAGACAUUUCGUAUGGUGAAAUACGUCAUGACAAGUUUGGCCGCCUGCAUCUUUCAGAUUUGGACAAUGCAGCAGAAAAAGAAGAGAAAACAGACCUUUGGACGAGGACUGAAGACGCACAGAAGCACAAGAAAAUAUCGCUCAAAUAUCACAAAGUUACCUUGAAACAACUGCAAGAAGCACUGCAGAAGGCUAGUCCAUCAAACGUGACAACGUUUUGCCAAGGGACAUCAGAACGACUUCUGGCCUCGGUAACCGAACACGGGCUGCGUUUUAGAGGGAGAACUCCCGGAGAUGGCAACUGUUUUUUCCACGCAGUUGUAGAUCAGCUUCAACGCCUCGAUACCAGAUCAGUGUUUGACCACAGGGGACUAAGGAUGGCAGUAGUUGACAGCCUACGGAGGUAUCCUUAUGAAGGAGGCACACACCUAUCCAAUUUUGUCGAUGUGCAACGGCACAAAACCUGGAACCUUUACUUGGAGGCCAUGUCUACACCGGGUGAAUACGUUGAUCACCUUGUAGUACAGAGAACAUCGCAGUUUCUCAAAAAGGACAUUGCCGUUUUCACAAGUUCCGAAGAUGGAACCGCGUCCGACAGCAAUGUUGUAAUGAUAUGUGGUGGACCAGGAGCGGCUAUUAUGUUAGGUCACUAUCAUGAAGCACAUUAUCAAAGUCUAGAUUUCCAACGUGCUGGACAAGUGGAAUGUUCCACCGCGCAAGCAGAUUCAUCACCAUUGCCGGCGGAGGAUGUGUUUCAAGAUAUCUGUAAUGAUGACAGAAGAUUGGACGAAAUAGUAGUGACGAUAGGUCCCUACCGAAUAUCAAAAUUGGAUAUUCUGACAAUAGCACCAAUACUUCCGAAAGAAACAGAAGACCAGCUGAGAGUGAAAAUUGACAAAGAGACCAGAUGGACUGUGGGCUGGUUAAAUGAUCAGAUAAUAAACGUCUUCUUGUAUGUGCUGUGUCAAAGGCGGGGGAGAAACGCAGCUUUAUCAAGCCAAGUUAUAGAGGGAUGGCAACAUUUCAAGUCCAAAAGGAGACGCCGGGCGCCACUUGUUCAAAAGGAAAAACUCUCGGAAGCAGAGAAAGUGUUUAUACCGAUUCACAGACAUGGAAGCCAUUGGACAUUGCUGGUGUUGGAUGUACAAGCCAAACGAAUGCGCUUCUAUGACCCCUUGAACCGGAGAUUAGACGAAGAAGUGGUCAACACAACAAGGGAGUACAUGGAAUACAGACUUCAGAAUGUACCAGAUGAUGCAAUUGACCUAUCAAACUUCAACGUAGAGGUCAGUCAUGAGUACACCACACAGACGGAUGCUACAAGCUGUGGUGUUUGCAUAUGCAUAUAUGCGUGGAACGAAUGCAGCAAGGACAAGAAGUGUGACCCGAGCAGUUGCCGUUCUUUCAUAGCCAAAGAAAUUUUGAAUGCAGUGAAGGAUGUGGAACCAAAGAAUACAACAAAGGAAAUACGAAGCAAAUACGGACUGCGGGAGCAAGUUCCAGUGAAGAGAUUUUCGGAUUCGUGGUGUGCUGACCAACCUCUGCCAUUGAAACGAAUACGAAGACCUGAAUAUGCGGCAUUGAAGAUCCAAACACAGAAACCGAAUCCUGAGGUGCAGCUUAAAAGCACAAAAUGUGUCGAAAAGACGACAGUGACAAGAAAAGCCAUGCCGGUUCCUGCAGUAGACAUGAAGGAAUAUGGUGACCAACAAGUGAACAUACUUGCUGAUGAUCUCGAGGAGCUGAGGACUGUGGAACGAUCAGAAUUCCGAAAUGUGUUGGAAAAGAUAAUUGAUGAAGAUGUACCCAGGCUGUACCGGUACCCAACAAAUGAUACAGAAGAAGUACCUGAAGAGUUCAGGAGACAUGUGCUUUAUUUUCAACGAAAGAAGCUGGAGAGGAGCAGGGCCAUGUCCCACCUCAAUGCUGUUGGAUAUGCCAUACUGAUGCAGUCCAUGGAGACACAUUUGGUGACGAGGACAAGAGGUCCAAGACUUUAUGACAUCACAAAAAGAAAUCUGAUACUACCCGAUGUUGUACUACAAUUUGGACGUCCAAGGAACGACUAUUUCCUCAAAGUGGUGGAAGAUUUCAUUUUCUACCAUGCCAGAAAGCAUUUCGAAACAAGGCACACAGAUUCAUGACAGAUUGGAUAUGCGCUUAUUUAAGAGAAAGCGUUAUGAGUACAUAAGAG